AUGCCUACGCUAAGUUGUUCAGCCACCAACGUGAUAGCGGCGGGCUCGCUCCAGAACUGGGCCGCAGAGACGACAGAGGCUUGGAAAUCCCAAGUGCAGGACGAGUGGAGACGCCAGAAGCGCCUCAACAACUCGCUGCGGUUCCGUGCGCGUAAGAAGAACGAGCUCAUGCAGCUGCGCAUCGAGCGCGAACACCUGGAGAUGGAAGUCAAGCGACGUCUGACCGCUCCAGAGAGCUCGGCGUUGGAGCACAACCGCGCAAUGUGCCAGCUCGCUCUCGAAAGUGAAGCGCUUCGAGCUGACAACCUAUACCUGCAGCUUAAAGUUCGUCAGUUUGAGUGCUUCGUGUCUCCGGAACGAGCUCUGGCUGGCGCAUCUACUUCCCCAACCACGUUCGGCUGGACGGCUCACCGUGCAUCAAGUUUGACGGAGAAUAAGCAGGAAAUGCUGCAAGCUCGACUCACAACUCGCAUUCAGUGCUCACUGUUCGUAGCCGACACGACGGUCACAAAUGCAGAUAUCAACACCUGGCCACUCCUUGUCACGCCUCCGAACUGGAGCCACUCCCAGCGAGGAGAAGUCACCACCCAAGUGCUGCAAGAACUCGACGAGGGGUGGGGCUUUUCAUCAAGGAAAACGAGGCGGUUCGUCAAGGCGAUUUGA